AUGACAAUAUUAGCUGAUCAAUUUGGUUCAAUACUUUGUGUAGCUGUUAUAUUUAGUGAUAUUUUAUCAAUAUAUAUUCAUUUAUAUGCUUUAAAAACAAAUCAAACAUGUCGAAUGGCACAUUCACCUAUUUAUGAUUUUUUUAUGGGAAUUUGGUUAAAUCCACGUAUUCGAAUUUUAGAACAAGAUGUUGAUCUUAAAAUGUUAGCUGAAGUACGUUUAUCAUGGCUUUUAUUAUUUCUAUUAAUUAUAUCUGCUGCAUUAAAACAAUAUGAAAUAUUUCAUACAAUAACAUGGCCAAUGAUAUUUAUUUUAACAGGUCAAAUACUUUAUAUAAAUGCUUGUAUGAAAGGUGAAGAAUGUAUUCCUGUGACUUGGGAUAUAUUUUAUGAAAAAUGGGGUUGGAUGUUAAUCUAUUGGAAUUUAGCUGGUGUUCCAUUUGUAUACGCAUUUCAAGCAUAUUAUAUUCUUGUUAAUAGUUUACGUAUAUAA